AAUUUGAUAAGGCUUGGGGCAUUUUAUCAGCUUUAUUGUGAAAGUAAAAGUUGAGUGAAAACCAGCUUUUUUAUUGUGUGAACAGUACUAUAUCGUAAGAUGUCUCUUCUUUGCAAUACGGGUGAUUGGUUCACGUUGGGACAGGGAAAUGCCUUCAGAAAGGUAGAACUUUACAACAUGGAAUGGCCGGCGAGCAUUAAUCUGGAUAACAUGGUGGUGUAUGCCGCGCCGUACGGCGGACCGAUCGCUAUCGUGAAGGAUCCAAAACUAUUCAUCAAACUGGAUGGCAGUACCAGCACCAGACCCAUCAUUAGAGUGUUCAACUGUGUUGGCAAAUUGCUAUCGUCAAUCAAUUGGGAUUGCGGCAAUCUGGUCACGCUCGGGUGGUCUGAUUCGGAAGAGUUGAUCGGUGUGCAGGACGAUGGUACGAUCUUCAUACACGACAUGUUUGGAAACUUUGUGCAUAAGUUCAGCGUCGGAAAGGACGUUACGGAUGUGGCGGACGCGAAAAUAUUUACUUCCGCGUCCGGCACGGGCGUGGCUGUCAUGACAUCCGGGUUUAAAAUCUACAUCUUAAACAAUAUAAAGGACCCGAAAUCGAGACCCUUGUCGGAGCUGCUAAAUAUAACAAGCAAUCUCUCGUGCUGGGAAAUGGUUUGUAAGGACAGAACGACGAGCUGUUUACUAGCGACUGGGAACGAAAUUACGCUUGUCCGUCAUGGGGACAACGUGUUCACGAACCACACACUAACGAUGAGAAACGAGUUUCAUUCGAUAAGCUUGCUAUCCGUUUCGUUCGAUCACGAGCACGUCGCCUUCCUCACCAAUACCGGCUGCCUGUGGAUGGGUUCGUGGGAUCUGAAGCACAAGUAUUGCGAGUUCGUUACCGGCCGGCAGGAAAAAGCGAACCAGCUGGUGUGGUGUGUUGAUGGUGGAAGUACCAAGUACGAAUCACAGGCUGUCAUCGUAAGCUAUAUGAACCUAAUACUAAUCGUUGGCGCGACGGGUGAAUCAAGCGUUUACACGUACGACUCGCCGAUGACGCUCAUCCCGGAGAUGGACUGUGUGCGGGUGCUGACGAACUACUAUCACGAGCUCGUCCAGAAGGUGCCGUUGAGCACGAGCAAAAUCUUUGGCAUCAACAUCUCCGAACCGGCAAGCUUUCUGUUCGAAGCACACCGCAAAUUUCAGGACCGUAGCCACCAGUCGGACGAGUAUCUGUGCCUGAUCCAGAACAAGCUACCGGCAGCGGUGGCCGACUGCAUCGAUGCGGCCGGCCACGAGUUCGAUCCAAACACGCAGAAAAGUCUCAUCCGGGCGGCGUAUUUUGGGAAAAGCUUUAUUAUCGGAUAUAAUUGUUCCGAUUACAUAACGAUGUGCAAAACGCUAAAAGUGUUGAACGUGUUGCGUGACCGAAACGUUGGCAUUCCGAUCACAAUACAGCAGUUUAACCAUUUGCAGCCGGUUGUUAUUUUGGAUCGUUUAGUAUUUCGCAAGUAUUACGGUUUAUCCAUCCACAUUGCAAAGUAUCUGAAGCUACAGGAAACCCGCAUUCUGGAGCAUUGGGCGUUUCAAAAAAUAAUACACGAUAAAAACGAUGAUGAGAUCGCCCGCAAAAUAGCGGCCAAAUUCUCCAGCGCCGGUCUCCACGAACCGAUGUCGUACGCAAACGUGGCCGACAAAGCGCAGCAGAUCGGAAAAACCAAGCUCGCUAUUACGCUGCUCGAGCUGGAGACGAAAAAGAAACUGCAGGUGCCAUUGUUGCUGAAGCUCGGUGCAAGCGAGAAAGCGCUCAUCGCUGCCACCCAGUCCGGCGAUAUUGAUCUCAUUUAUAUGGCAAUACUAGAGAUGAAAAAUACGACCGCACUCGCCAAGUUUCACAUGACGAUCCGGCGCUACCCGUUGGCACAGAAUCUAUACAAGAAGUACUGUCAGCUAAACAGCCUUUCCACGCUCAAGGACAUCCAUUCGCAGGAGGACGAUUUCCUGUCGCAGGCCGAGCUCGCGCUCCGGGAAGCUCUGCAGCUGGGCAAUCUGGACGCCUCGAUACCGGACAUUAGUGGCAAUUAUCGGAAGGCGAGCAAAACGAUUGAGGCAGAUCUGGCGGACGAGACGAAGAAGCUGAUACGCCACCAAAAGCUGCUGCAGGACAAGUAUCAGAAGGAUUUCUUCGGACUGGCAUUGCACGCGAUGGUGCGCAAGCUGCUGCAGCUCGGCGAUCAGCGGUACGCCGAGAAGCUGAAGAGCGAGUUCAAGAUGUCCGACAGGCGGUACUGGUGGCUGCGGAUACAAACGUACGCGGAAAACUACCAGUGGGAUGAGCUGGAAAAGUUUGCGAAAGCGAAGAAAAGCGUCAUCGGUUACGAACCGUUCGUGGAGGUGUGUCUGUCGAAAGCGAACGUGGCGGAAGCGAAAAAAUAUUUACCACGGUGCAGCGAAGAGAACAAAUUGAAGUGGUAUCUGCGGGCAGGUUGCUAUGCCGAUGCAGCUACGAUUGCGUUUAUGCAGAAGGACAUCGAUAGCUUGUUAAAAAUACACGAUCACUGCAAUGAUUCGUCGCUAAUGUCAACGGUGGAAAAUAUGAUUGGGCAACUGUCCAGUAAGAAAUGAUUCACGAAAAAAGCAUGCAAAGGUGUGCUUUAAUAAUGGUGUCCGGGUGAUAAACGAUUGCUUGUGCUAGUUGAUGCUCGCAAUCGCGAUGUAGAACAGCGAAUACAGCACGUGUCGAUAAUUAUAUAUGUGCAUCCCUACGCUGCAUCUUUGCACGUGAGCUUGAUUGAUUGAUUAGCUCAGAGAGAUGUUGAGUUUGAAAACUACAUUCGUCUCUUUACAGUGAAAUGUUAGGUGAAGAUCAAUCAGCUGUGGAAUUGUAAAAGAUACCGAUCAUACACAUAUGCAAUACCGAUAAAGUGUUAAAUUGCUAUAACAAAUUGAUGAAUACGCCUAAACGAGUAUGUUUUGUAUAACCAGAGACGUAUCUCGAUAAUUAUAAAUUACCACAAUUAUUGUAUUAUAUAUAACAAAAGGGAAAAAAUACACUUCUAUACAAAUUGGCAACAUAA